CAAAAAGACUUCCUGCAGAACCUUCACAAGUUUGUUUCAGGCGCAUUAGGGCUGGAGGAGACCAAAGUCCCUCAAAGCAUAUAAGAAGAAUUUUGUUGUGGUGGACUCUGCCACUCUGUGACCAGCUCUGAAGCCUCAACUUUUACCCAACGGACCCCAGACCAAUGUCAGUGACCAUCAAUACUCUCUAGAUCUGCGGUAACAAACCAGCCAUGGCUGCUGCAAUGCUCCAGCCCUUCCUAGAGCAGCUGAGGCUAGCCAUCCCCAGGUGGAGUGUGCCAGGACCAGCCCAGGGCAAGACCCUCUGCACCCUUCAGGAGGAGCAGGUCAGACUAAAGAUGAGACUGCAGGAGUUGCAGCAGCUAAAAAGGGAGCUCAGGAAUUCUCCCAAAGACAAGAUUCCAUUCCCUGUACCAGAAUUCCCCUUAGUGUUCCGAGGACACACUAAGCAGGGCAGACCAGUGACCAAGUCUUUAGUUUCCAAUCUUCGGAUCUGCUGCCCUCUGCCUGGAGGGUCUGCUCUGGUCAUUUUCGAUGACCCCAAAGUUGCUGAUCAAGUGCUUCAACAAAAGGAACAUAAGAUUGACAUGGAGGAGUGCUGGCUGCGGGUACAGGUCCAACCCUUGGAGCUACCCAUGGUGACCACUAUCCAGGUGUCCAGCCAGAGGAAUGACCAGAGGGUAUUGGUUAGUGGAUUUCCUGCUGAACUCAGGCUGAGUGAGGAGGAGCUACUGGACAAGCUGGAGAUCUUCUUUGGCAAAGCCAGGAAUGGGGGUGGGGACGUGGAGACUCGGGAACUGCUGCAAGGAAGUGUUGUGUUGGGUUUUGCUAAGGAAGAAGUGGCCCAGAACCUGUGCCGGAUUGGCCAAUUCAGAGUGCCAUUGGGAAGGCAGGAGGUUCCUCUGAGAGUCUUUCCCUAUGUGAGUGGGGAGAUCCAGAAGGCUGAGAUCAGAUCCCAGACAGUUCUCCGCUCAGUGCUGGUACUCAACAUUCCCGAUGUCCUCGAUGGCCCAGAGAUGCAUGACAUCUUAGAGAUUCACUUCCAGAAGCCCACUCGAGGGGGUGGGGAGGUGGAAGCCCUGGCAGUUGUGCCCCCAGGAAAGCAGGGCCUGGCAGUCUUCACCUCUGAGUCAGUCUAGGUUCUCCAACCAGCUGCGGUUGGGUAAGCAUAGAUCUUUACGUUUACUGACGGGGGAAGGGAUUACACAUUGUGAACCGCUGCCAGGGAAGAGUAAAAGUGCCUACUUGGCAUGAUGUCCUUCCUCA